AACUGGGUGUCCAUUGUGUGUGAAGGAUGUGAUAAUACACGCUCCCGUUCCCAGUCCCAGCUACCUACUCAAAGUAUUUUCAUUUCUUGGCAAAAUUCUUUUCCGUCUAUAAUUUGCUAUUAAAAAAUUAAGUAGAUCGCUAAAAGUUUCAACUACAAAUUAAUUGCUAACAUCUAAAGUAAUCCCAUUAGCAUACAAUUAAAAUAAUUGCAAGUCGAAAUAACUUUUUUAUCAAUUAUUUAAUAUAGUUUUAUAGACAUUUUUUGAACGGAAGAGUUUGCUAUAAAUUUGAAGUAAAUCAUUUGAUUCGGUGCAUUUAUUUUCUUUGAAUUUAGAAAAUAACUUCUUUGCUGAGUUUGCUCAAGAUGCGGGUUCAGUUAAAUACGGUCUUCUUUACAGGAUUCCUGAAUUUUAUAGCUUCUGCAAUGGGAUCGUCCAUCCCAGACGUUGACCAAUAUUGGCCAGAGGUGGCAAAUGAUCUCAGCAAGGUGACAUGGUCACAUGCAACCAACAGCAAGGCACUUCUUCAAGAGGCUCUUACAAAUGACACAAUAAUGAUGAUUGAAGCUGACAUAAGUAUGGGACACCUCCAAGGCAAUCUGUCAACUGAUCCACUGCCCAUAAUGGCCCAUCCUCCACACAAAACAUCUGAUCUCUCUUUUGAGAUGUUCUUAGAUACUGUUUUAGUAGCUACAGCACAGAAUGAGACAAAGAAGGGGAUCAAAUUGGACUUCAAGGACGUUAAUGCUGUCAGAAAAUGUCUGGAUUCGCUUAACAUUCAGAGAGAUCAAAUAAAUUUCCCAGUUUGGCUGAAUGCAGACAUAAUUUCUGGCCCAGUGGAUGCAGUUAAUACUCCUGUGGAUCCUGACACAUUCUUGCCAUUGUGUGUAGAAUUUUUUCCGGAGGGUACGUUGUCGGUUGGUUGGACCACGCGCUUCACUGAAGCAAACGACAGCAGGGCCCACUACACCACGGACCAGGUGAAGCAGAUGACGGACGCUAUAGAGCGCAACCACGUCACCCAACCUAUCACCUUCCCCGUCCGCGCUGCCUUUGUUGAACUCUCCCUGGACAUCUUAUCGUGGCUGCUGGAUGCCGUGCCCGACAGCACUCUAACGGUGUGGAGUUCAGAGUCCGACGAGUACAACAUAGAGGCGCUAGUGUGGCUGCAGGACAGCGUUGGCGCUGAUGCCGUCUACUACGACCUGCCUCCUGACCAACGCGCCGAGUUCGAUAAACUGAGACCAGCGCAGACCCUAGGGUCAGCGUCGUCCGCAGACCCUUGCGUCAAGAUAUGGCCCAGAGGAACAGUUUUAUGGGCUAGUCUUACUGCCGCCCUUGGAGCUGUUGCUGCUGCAUAUUUCUAUGGUUUUGACUGACCCUGCGAACUGAGUAACAAGAUGCAUGACUGUAAUAACUGGUAACGCGUGCCUUCGUUAUGUCCUCUAUAAGGACUCUAUUCGCUGACUCGAUGCAACCGUUUUGCAUGCUUUGGCUGCCUGUUCUCUACUAACAAGUUUAGGUCACCUAAUUUUUACAGAAUGUAAUAGUAAUUAAAGCUGUCCAGCGUGCUGUGUGGUUCAUGAGUGGGAUAUAUACCCGAAGUUUGUAAUAUUUUCAAGAGCAUCUUUAGAGUUACAUGCCGAUGUCAUUUUGAAUUAAACUUUUUUGUGUGAUUUAAAGUGAAUUUGAGGAGUGCGUGUUCAAACAGGAAAACAGCGUAGUUUUAUUUUCCACUGUUGUACCGAAUUUACAGCGAUUUUGAGAACUACCGUGAAUCAAUUUUUUAUCGAUAACUGGUUAUUCGUUUUUUCAUCUUCCAUGAGCUUGGACACUAUCAUUUUGCUCGACACAACUCCUAUGCAGGUCGUCGUAGGAGGCAAGGUUCCUGAGAGUGCCCCGUAACAGAAUUCGUAUAGUCUGUACGCGAGGCUCAGAUUUUUUUUCGAGUAAUUCUUUUCUGUUUCUCUUGCAUGCGAUCGACGUAUCGUGCAAGUGACCUAAUUCGUGUGUAUGUAAACCUGUGAAAUUUUUUUUCCCAAAUUCCAAUUAAUUUUGUUUUGGUUGUUCAUCAAUUUUUUGGCCUCAUACAUACCUGCAGCUCUGGACUUUGGUAUAAUUUGUGUAAUUACAUUCAUUGCGACGCUUGAUUUUAUUACAAGUAAAUCGCAUCUGAGAAGAGAAAUAGCUCAUAGUAUUUCGACGAAUUGACAAUAACUUGGCAUGUCAUCAUAUUUCUCAAAUUUAUGUCAGUUAGUUUUCAAUCUAUGCGCCUAUAUCCGAGUUUGCAGAAUGAUUCACAUUUGUAUUGUUUUCAGUCAUAUACCGCUCUUUAUGUAAUAAAUAAUAUGAAGUCAUCGAAA